UUCAAAAUCUUGUGAGAAGUCCUAUUUAUUUUCAUUGUUGACACUAACGUCUUGUGGAGUUUAGUGCCUUAUUUCUUACCCUGUUAUUUUCCGCUGUUGACAGUACAGCAAUCAGGUGGAAGUUCCUAAGUGAUGAGUUCUUCCUCAUGGGAGAUACAAGAAGAUCGUUUCGAUGACGUUGAUUCGGAAAUGGACGAGAAAUUAUCCAUUUACGAAGACGAUCUCUACAUUGAUGACCAUGCAGUCAUGCAGCAAGAAAAAUUAAAUGAAGCAACAAUUACAAAUCAUUUGCCACCGAGGCUGUCGACUAUAGCAGAGGAGUCAAAUAUUGUGACAGAAGGAAACGAAAUUGGUGCACGAAAGAAUGCAUAUGUUGAUUCAGUUUUCGGACCUGGGUUAAGAGGGGAACUAAGUGGUGAAAAUGUGAAUGUGAUAGAGGAAAGUCCACUGUUUAAAGGUGGAGAAGAAGGCAUUAAGAAGCUGCAGCAUGAUCAGGAAUCAUUUUAUAAGCACAAACAGCUGGCACAAGAUGACUUCCGUUUUAAUAAACCGUAUAUGGAGAAAGAGAAUAGUUGGGAACCAUCUAUUCAUCGUUCGCCCCCACCAUCACCAAAAAUUUGCGUCGAUGAACUUGCUGCUUUCAACAUGACGGAUUCUCAUUUAAUACCCGCUACGUUGUCUACUACUCGAAAAGAAGCAAGGCAGGAUAUUGAAAGCACACCACCAGGUACCUUCUCAUAUGUGCGACACUUGAAGAGAAAGAAUGAACCAAAGCAGAAUUCUGGUGGACCCAAAAUGUCUACACCUAAAUCAACAGACACUUCGCUUCGAGAUUUGAGUAUAAAUUGCAUUUCGUCAAUUUAUCCGGAAACAGUUUCACCUAAAUCAGUUCGUGGGAUGAAUUUGAAGUUCAGUGGUCCUUUCACGAUGCCCCGCAGAAUGUCAAAGGUCGUGGAAGAACCAUCGUUAAGUAGUUCUGCCAUCGACAGAGUUCUUGAGAAGGAAAAUUUUGACAAUGAUGAUGCACUCGUUGAAGCAUUGCUACAAGCUAAAGCACGCCCUCGUCUGAAGCUGAAGUUUCCUGAAAUAGUUGCAGGAGAACGACCUGGGACAAAUGACCAAGUAAAACGUUCCUUGAAAAGGUGUGAAGAGUCAGCUGAUGUACUGGAUAGUGUAGAUAAGAUAUCUAAUACUAAUGAUCAUAAACAAAUGCACAAAGUGAUUACCAGACAUGACCGUUCAGGAAUAACCAAUAAAACGAAGAAGCUAAAAACUGUACAAGAGCUGGAUUUAUUGCGGGAGAGUAGUAAUACUCCAGGAAAUUUGCCACCAAUCUUAAAAACGAUGUGGAAAAGUGAUAGUCUGAAAGUGCACAAUGAUUGCUCACUUCGGCACACCGAUGCGGAAAGUCAAGGCAAAUUUCUAUCAUGUGAUCAGUCUUUUGUUUAUUUUGGAUUUGUCGAUGUCAAGUGUCGUGUAAAUAGAACAGUUAGAUUGCGAAAUAUCAGUUCGAAAUCGCUAAAUCUCAGGCUACAGUUACAUAGCAUGAGUAGAGGAUAUGAAUUACUAGAGCAGGGCAUUAUUGUGUUGAAGCCUCAAGAAAUCCAUUUGGUUCAUGUCAUAUUUCAACCUCCUUUUGGAGCUUGUUUUCAGAAUACUCUGACUAUCAGAGUUCUCAACGCAGAGCACAUUAAUUAUUCCAUUCCUUUACUUGGAAGUGGUGGUGUUGCUGCUUUACGGAUUCUGACACAGUCUGGACUGACUAUGCUGCGUGAUGGCUCAUUUGUUCUGACGACUCAAGGAGUUACAAAUAUUAGUUUCGAGGUUGAAAAUAAGGGUCUAAGAGAUGCAUUUGUGCGUGUUGCUGUAGUGAAUAAAGAAACAAAAAAAGCUGUCGGUCGAUGCACUAUUGUGCCAUCGGACUGCGUUUCCAUUUUGCAUCGCAGUAAACAAAAGUUCGCUAUUGAAGUUCCUUCUUUCUGUAGCGAAGAAAGUAAUGGUAAUUCAAACCGCUCAUUUCCUUUUUCUUCGUUUUCAAUGCCGUCGGUAGCAGGAAAUACUCAGUAUUAUGUUCAGUUACUUUGGGGUGAAGAGGCACAAAGACGCCGACUUAAAAGAUAUGAAGAUAUGAAAUGUGCGAAUUUUACUUUUAAUGGGUUUACUUUUACGAAAUGCAAAUUCAUAAACGAAGAGAAAUGUAAAUCCACAGCUUCCGAGGAUGCUUGUUAUGGUUUCUAUGAUCGUGAUGCAUUCGAAUUGGGAUUAAGAGUAACUUUGAUAUCGGUUGUGGAUAAUCGGCUCUCAUUAUUAUCUCGGAACAGUUAUCUUUCUCAGAGGGAUAUGCUUGCUGAAAGUGUCAUUCUCGAGCCAAAUGCAGCCCUCUCACCAACAGAUGGCAACAAAAGUAUUGUCGAGGAUGUGUCUACCAUUUUUACUGCUAGCCGUGUUUUGUAAAUUUGUGAACAUACUGCAUACUUAUGUGCUUGCUUUCAUUGGUUUUUAAUCAAUCUGGUUAUUAUAUUUCUUUUCACUAUACUUAGCACUAUUUAUACCAUAAAUUACUUAGCCAGUUGUAUUAUGC